AUGACUGCCCCGGACAACAAGCAGGGCUUUCUUUCCAAUCUAUCACCAUGGCCAUCGCGGGCAGGUACGCCCAAGCCUCCGGCGCCCGAGGGAAGUGCGGAUAAGGCCAAGAAGAUGGAGCAGGAGAGGGACAAGGACAGAGCUGCGGCAAUACUGGCUGCUCAGCAAGGAGGAGACCAUGUGAUUGAUCGGAGACACAGGCUGAGUCUCAAGCGCUACCCCCCAGACUGUCCUCCGCUGGCUGUGAGGUGGUUCCAUGCUAUAGAUACACCCAAGCGCAAACCACUUUCGAAGCAUGCCAUGGCCCCCGAUACCGCCUUGCCCAAACCUAAGAAGUGGAUACCCUUCGGUGCCGGAGACUCUCGCGCCAUUGAGGCCGCCUUUCAGAAGACUGCCGACGAAGCCGAUGCCGACGAACUGAGAAGAGGCAUUGCUAGUCCUACUACGCCUACCCAAUCCAACAACACACCUCCCAAAACCACAAAGGUGCCCGUCAACGAGGACUAUCUGUUCGAUGUCGAGAUCGAGACACGCGAGUUGGCACCAUCAUACUGGCUGGGUCCUGUUUACGACGUCAAGCGAGGGACAUGGUUCACACCGGACGGGGAGGCCGUCGACGAAGGUCUAGCUAUGCAACUAGAGGAGGGAUAUCUCAAGGUGAAGCCGUGGAAGUUUGGAAAGCCAGAUGAGAAGCGAGCAGUAUCGCAGCCUCGUGCUCGGCCACUUUCCAUGGGUCCGAGUGCUGGCGAUGACCACCGCAAGGAGCUGGCUAGGCUGAAUCGCGACUCAACGUCAAAUCCAGUUACACCCAAGUCAUCGUAUGACAGUCUGCGGAAAGAAGCCUCGAAACAAUCAAACGAUUCGAAACUAGGCGAUGCAUCUGCAGCCUCCAAUGCGCCUGCCGACUUGCCGCGGACGCAUAGGCUCUUCGGCGCCCACCUGAACUCCACUGUCACAUACCAGGACGAGACGACAGCGUGGAUGUUGACCGAUGACAUGUGGUCUCGCAUGGGCAGUACGUUGUACCAGCGCUUCGCCGGAGGAGCGCACUAUGCUGGAUAUAAGUACAUCCGUGGAUACACCGAUCCCAAAGAGAAGAAGAAGCAGCCAACUCCUGCCAAGGGUCCCCAAAGCGCAAAGCAGACGGACCGACCUUCAACGCCUGCGCUGGCAUACGGUUCAGAUCACGGCAAUUCUGACGUCAACACCGAUGGAGAGAACUCAGAGAACGAGCGAAGCAUGUCGCCCUCCCAAACACGCAGGCGCAACCUGGAAAGGCAGGUGUCAUCGCUCAUGACAUCCUCAAAGCCAGAAUAUGAGCAACAACAGGAAGAGGAGAUGCGAAAGCGCGAGGAGAAAGAGAUGCGUGAAGAUUACAAAACACAGCAUGGCAGUGAUCAAGAUCGUGAAAUUGAGCAUCUGCUCCUAGUAACGCAUGGUAUUGGACAGCGCCUUGGAAUGCGAAUGGAGUCCAUCAACUUCAUUCACGACGUGAAUACUAUGCGCAAGUCCCUCAAAUCUGUAUACGCAGCUUCGCCUGACCUCCAGGCCUUGAAUGCGGAGACGGAGUCGGAGAGCAAGAACAAUCGCAUCCAAGUCAUCCCUAUUAUCUGGAGACACCUGCUGGACUUUCCCAAGCAGAGUUUGAAGCACAACCGCAAAGAACACGACUUGGGCGACCUCGAUCACGAAGAUGAAGAAUACCCCAAUCUCGAAGAUAUAACCGUUGAAGGCGUACCUGCUGUCCGCAAUUUCCUUACUGAUCUGGCGCUUGAUAUUCUACUAUAUCAAAGUCCUGCAUACAAAGGUCAUAUCUCUCGAAUCGUUGUGAACGAGCUAAACCGCACUUAUCGGCUAUUCAAGGAGCGAAAUCCGUCUUUCAAGGGAAAAAAAGACCCAAGAGCCAAGCCAAGCUCGCAGUCGAUCAAGCAACGAAGGUCUACUGAAGAGGGCUUGAAGCUGGACUUUGAGGUGGAAGACUUUUAUGCUCUUGGCUCACCCAUUGGGCUGUUCCAGAUGUUGAAGGGACGGACGAUAGUCGGAAGACCACAGACUUCUGCUGCCGCGUUUGUGCCGCCGAAGACACCGGCUACAUCUAUCGAUGAUCCAUUUUCGCAAGGUGGAGAUGAACAUGCAUUUGACAUUACGACAUCCUCACCUCUUUGCAAGCAGGUCUUCAACAUCUUCCAUCCGACUGAUCCGAUAAGUUAUCGCAUUGAGCCUUUGAUCUCACCAGCUAUGUCAGCGCUCAAAGCCCAGCCUUUGCCAUAUACCAAGAAAGGCAUCUUCGGUGCGCCAGCGUCUCAAGGCUUCACCGGCAUUGGUCAACGAGUUGGUCAGGGCGUGACUGACUUUUGGACUUCUCUUGGAUCAGGCAUUGCUAGUGGACUGCUCAACCGCAGUCUCGGUAUAUCAGGAACAGAAAUGACAGGCGCAGGCAACAGUACACAAGGACAACGUAGUUCUCGCCCACUUAGCGCCGCCGCACCUCCUUCGAGCAACGCCACGAAUCUCGUCCCAGGCCUCAAUGAGCCCGCCAGCGCCUUCAUUAGUGAAGAACGUCGUCGCCGCCUUGGACAAGAAACCAUCGCCGAAGGUGAAGACGGCGAGCAUCCUCCCACUCUCAUCGAAGGCGACAUAGAGACCCUCUUCGCCGGCUUCCAGAAGCGAAGAAAGAGCCAGCAGAGUGAAGACGGCGAGCGAGACGUUGAAAAGGACCUUGAAUGGCAGGAGCUAGAAGAACGAAGCCGGAAACUCAAGAAGGAGGAACAGAAAGUGCGCGCGCUGAAUAGCAACGGUCGUGUGGACUAUAGUAUUCAAGAAGGCGCUUUCGACAUCUCGCUGCUGGCCAGUAUAGCGAGUCAUAUGACGUAUUGGGCUGACGAGGAUGUGUCACAUUUCAUGAUUUCACAACUAUUGGCAAGGCAUCGUGUGUUCAAGCCCAAGGAGUGA